GACAAAGUUCUGGUGUACUGCACCUUUCCAUCUAGCUACCCCCAAAUCAUGAAGGUUCUCCAACUUCAUGAGAUCCAGGCAUUGCAGAUCCACGGCAAAAUGACCAUCCCCACUAGGAUGAAAAUCAUCACUAAAUUCAAAAAUAGUGCAAGGGAUGGGCCUAGGGUAUUGAUUGUCUCCAAUGUAAGGCUAACUGGCCUAAAUUUACCUUGUGCCAGUAUAUUAAUAAUCAUUGACUGCCUCUGGUCAGCCACAGAAGAAAGCCAGCUGAUUGGGCAGAUCUAUUGCCCCUCCCAGCAGAAGACCGUCCAUGUUUACCGACUUGUUGCUGCAAACACCCAAGAUGUCUUUCUAAAUAACCUCUUCUUUGACAAGGCUGCUGUGUUGAAUGCCUUUAUAGGUGCAAUGCCUAGCUUAAGUGAGUUUUCCACUUUGGCUGGUAUAAAAAAUUGA